CGUUCUCUGGUCCUACAAAAGCCUCCUGUGCCCGAGCCACGGAUCAGAGCAGGGCAGGGAUGUGCGUGCGUGCCUACGCGUAGCAAGGCGAGGUGCAAAUAUCCUCCCAGCCAGAUCAUCUCUUGCACAACUCCCCGACUCUCCGCAGCCUGGCUGACCUUCUGUUUUUUCCCUCUGCUGCUCCUCUCCAAGCAUGCCUCCAGAGCAGAGCUUCUGAAGAGCCGUUUCCUCCUGUGCAUCUCCCUGAAAACAGCUCUUCUGGAGAAAGAGAGGGUGGCUGGCAGCAUGGUGGGGGUGACGGUGAUGAGGACAUGGGUUGAGCCGGUGGUUGCAGGUUCUCAAGUGGCCAGCGCCUUCUACGACACGGCGCUGCUGCUGGUGGUGAAGAACUACUACAAUCAGACCAACUCCACCGCUCCCUCUCAUGUACUGGAAGAUGCUCAGCAGAAGGCUGUCUCUAAUUUUUAUAUCAUCUACAACCUAGUCCUGGGCCUGAGCCCACUGGUGUCAGCCUAUGGCUUGUCCAAGCUGGGGGACAGGAUACAUCGGAAGAUCCCCAUCUGCUUCCCUCUUCUUGGCUACUUGGGCUCCAAAACUCUGCUGCUGCUCCUGAUCCUGCUGGGCUGGCCGAUCGAGGUGAUGUACGGGGCUGCUGCCCUCAACGGGCUGACGGGAGGUUUCACCACCUUCUGGGCAGGCGUCAUGGCUCUGGGAUCUCUGCGCUCUUCCGAGAGCAGGAGGUCUCUGCGGCUGAUCAUUAUUGAGCUGGUCUAUGGCCUCGCUGGCUUUCUGGGAAGCAUGGCAUCUGGCUACCUGUUUGUUGGCUUCAAUGACCGCUAUCGAGAGGGCACUGUGCUGGUGGGCUGCAGCAUUGCUUGCUAUGCUUUCUGCCUUCUCUACAGCAUUUUUGUCCUGACAGUCCCCAAGUCAGCAGCUUCCUGCCCAGCCAAAGCCAAGAGUGCAGAGGAAGUGGGCAGCCAGCUACCAUCCCACAAAGAAGCAGCAGCAGCAGGCAGUUCCCAGCCUUCAGAGAGCAGCAGCUCCACUCCAAUAUCCCCCUCAAAACUCAUCAUCAUCAUGCUGUUCGUGGCAGCAAUCCUCUAUGACCUUGCUGUAGUUGGUGCAAUGAACGUACUCCCACUCUUCUUGCUGAGGGAGCCUUUAAGUUGGAACGCCGUACAGAUUGGCCAUGGCAAUGCUGCUGGGUACAUCAUCUUCAUCACCAGCUUUCUAGGGGUGUUUGUGUUCUCCAAAUACCUGAGGGACAUCACCAUGAUCAUAAUUGGAGUGAUAUCCUUCACCGCUGGCGUCCUCAUCAUGGCCUUCGUGCGGUGGACGUUCCUGUUCUACAUCGCACGGGCAGUGAUGCUCUUUGCCCUCAUUCCCUUACCAACCAUCAGAUCUGUGUUAUCCAAGCACGUCGAAGGAUCAUCCUAUGGUAAGAUAUUUGUCCUGCUGCAGUUGUCCUUAGUCACCACAGGAGUAGUGACAUCUACGGUCUACAACAAGAUCUAUCAACACACACUGAACUGGUACAGCGGCUUCUGUUUCAUUUUGUCCUUCCUAGCCGGCUGCCUGACUCUCCUCCCUUUAAGCAUUGUGGCCAUCAAACAGCGUUCAUCCACUGGCUCCCUUCAGAUCCUGACCGAGUGACAGAGGCUGCAUCAGCUAAAGCAUCUACUGGUCUUUAUGAACUCCCCAAGCUGCCAAAGUGGAAGGUUUGCCAGGCAUUAGUCCCAGCAAGUUACCAUCAUUUCGGGAAGCAUCUCAUUUACGUUUCCACUUCACAGCGUGCCACAGCCUCUCAGCCACUGAGCUCACACAGGACAAAGCAGUUUGCCUUGUUAUUUCUGCAGUGCAUCAUCACGCAGAGUUCGUGCACUGGCUGUUGCACACCAGCAGUCCUCAGGGCAUUUUGCUUUCCUGCUAGGCUGGGCAGCAAUAGUGGAGCGUGGCAAGAACAAGGUAGAAAUGAAGAGGAUGUUUCUACAUCCAUCAUUCACCGUGGAAGGGGAAAGCAGAGGAUCAGCUUCCCAUUAGCUCCUUCUUGUCUGUUCCUUCAGAAACCUCAGGGCAGUUCUGUGACUUUGGGUGAUGAAGCAGGGGUCCACACGCCGUGUGUGCAUGGCUGUCAGCGGGACACACUUGCUCUCCAAGUGGUACAGAAGAUACGUCAGCCCAACUGAUCAGUAUCACAUAAAAGCCCACUAGAUACAGAAAUACCACUGUAAAA